UAAACAUUUCCACCAUUAGGUUUGAAACUUGGCUAGUCGAGGCUCAGAUCGGAAAACGAUCACCAGAGGGCACAGCCCACCCAAUCAGCAAUUUAAAACCGUUUGCGCUUAACUGCGGCAAAGUUUGAGUGUUUUUCAACUUAGUCGAUCAAAACCCGCGAAAGAAGAAAAAUGUCGACAUCGGCAUAAAUGUGCGCUCCGCACGCGCUCUUUCUAAUUUCGCCAAAAAAAUGAACAUGCGCCUUUUGCUUUUUUGAGUCGGUUUUUGAAAAUAAAGCGUUUCCUUUUACAAUCGGCAAUAAAGUGCGCGACUAGUUUUUUUUUGCGAAAAUAGUGGCUAAAAUGCAUUUCGCAAGGACUAUGGGAAGUUUUUAUCAAGUGUUGUUUUUUGUGCUUUUUUGGUCGGUUUUCACGGCCGAGGGAUUUAACGUGGACGCUUUCAAUUAUGCGGUGUACGGAACAGAGGACAACUCCAUGUUUGGAUUCACGGUUGCAGUUCAUAAGCAAAAAUACGACAGAGGAUGGAUACUAGUUGGGGCGCCAGAGGCUCAAUCACAGUACCAAUCUUCCAGCGUGCGACUGGGAGGGGUUGUCUACAAGUGCAGAACUGAUGGGGACGAUCCUUGCCAGGAAAUUCCUUUCGAUCGGGAUGGAAAUCAGUAUAUGGCCGGAAAGCAAAUGGACCAAAAGAGCGACCAAUGGUUCGGAGCCACUCUAAGCACGUCGGGCGCAUUGGGAGGACCUAUAGUGGCUUGUGCCCCCCGAUACGUUUGGUACAGCAAGGAAAUGAACCGAAGAGAUCCUGUGGGAACUUGCUUUGUUGCCGACUCUUCGUUCGAAACGUUUGAGGAAUAUUCGCCUUGCAGAACCAGCAAUUGGGGGUACCAUCGACAAGGAUCUUGCCAAGCUGGUUUUAGUGCUGCCAUCAAUUCCAUAGGAGACCGACUGUUUGUGGGAGCCCCCGGAAGCUACUACUGGCAAGGGCAAAUGUACUCUAUCGAUGCCAACUCCAGAUUUAACUAUACACCGGGCCUGCUAGGCACGACGUACGGCGCCAAAGGUAUUUCUUAGCUAGCGUCGGACAUACAUACCAUUUUCUAAUAUGCGCCGCCCAAUCACUACUUAUUCAUUUCUUUGGAUGUGGUUUAGUGAGUCGUGGUUUUCUAAAGGACUGUAAUCUAGACACUUGAAUUCAUCCAGAUUGUUGGAAAAAUCGCCUUCGUCUAGUUGCUUGCUGUUUACUUUUUCUCUGUUCUGUUACUCCCACUGCACACAAAUUUGACCAUGCACCACGUCUUGUUAAGCCACCCCAGACUAAUAAAAUAAAAACCAACGACGCAGCAUCUUCAACUUAUUACCAUGUUAUACCAUUUGGUGUAGGAGUGUUAACUUCCAGGGUGCAGUGUUCUACUAAUGGUCAUUCUUAAUCCAGUACUAAAUUUGUUUAGGCUUUCAAUAAACAUACUAAAUUUGA